GGGAGUGAGACACAGAGGUGCCACAGCGUGUAAGCAGAGCUCACCAGACUAACACAGUGCUCCGCGUCCUGUGCUGGUGUCCACUAGUUACUCCGUUCGAAUCCCUUCCUUCACUCACCCCCACCCCACCACCCCCAAACCCCCUUCUCUCUCCCUACUCCCACACCAGUUGUGGUAAGCCCAAACGCUACGACGGUAUGGUGCGUCGCGUAUGGAGUCAAAUAUGAUCUAUAGUGUGGGCUGAUAACCCAAGAUAUCACCGUCGGAGGGGAACACAUUGAUCUCAGUGAUCCAUUCGCCUGUUGCUGGCGGCUAUCGGGGCCAACUGUCUGGCCUCCCACUCUCAACAAGUUGAUGCUCCACCGAUUUAUAAAACAGUGCGAGUGAAAAUUUAUAGAUAUAUAUAUAUAUCUCUAAAGUAUCUGUUCUCUGCUCUUGAACAUACAGGCAAGAGCAAUUUAGUUAUGUGAGACAGAAACCGUCUGAAAGAGAAGUUAUUUCAAGAGCCAUUUAUGAAAAUUGUGAAAAAUAUAUUUUUUUUUCAGCACUAGUGAGGGCAGUGCCUUCACUAGUGCCACGGCUGGCACUGUCACAGGUUGUUCCGUGUGGCUUUAAGACUCGCUUCUUGUCCUGGUCCUGUGAGGAAAGUGCGGAUAGUGAGUGUUGAGGCACACACCUGUUGUAUUGCUGUGAGGAAAGUGAUUACAAUGAGGAAGGGAGACUAUGGGUAGUGAGUGAUAAUGAGAGAUCAAGCCUCACUUCGGCGCCACAGGUGACGGAGGAGGAAUAGCCUGCAGGUGUAGGCUGUGACACACCUGUACCACAGCCAGGGGGCGCGGCGGUAUGCACCUGCCACGCCGUCUCUGUAGCCUCCUAGGGUGCAUCUUCUUGCUCUUCCUGUGCUUCUUCUGCGUGGCCGACUAUUACAGCUACCACCACUACUACUACAACCCCUCCGUCGUCAGCCAGGAGUACCAACCCUCCCUACCUCAGGGCCCCGCCCCGACACCUCCGCCGUCACAAAUCCUCCCCAAUGACACCUCCCCCGUCUGGGGCGCCCCACACUGGCAGACAGGAGACAGGAGGAACCCCCACGACAGGAAGAGGAGACAGUGCAAGAAAAAAUACUGGAAAUGUAACAAGUUGCCGACGGACCCUGAGCCGCCACUGGAGAUGUUCGAGGAGCAAGGAGGAGCAAGAUAUAACUCCAGCUUGGAGAGUGAGUCGACGGAGGAUUCUCCACUGUGGACCCAGUUUGCUGAUCGCGGCUACACCGUUCUGGGAACCAACGGCUCAGCGAUGCGGAGACUGCCUCACGUCCUCAUUAUUGGCGCCAAAAAGUCGGGGACGCGGGCGCUCUUGGCGUUCCUCAGGGUCCACCCGUCCAUCAGAGCCUCAGGGCCAGAGAUUCAUUACUUCGACCGGUUCUACAGCCGCGGCCUCUCCUGGUACAGGAACCAGCUGCCUUUGAGUCUCGAGGGCCAGCUGACGGUGGAGAAGACACCAGCUUACUUCACUACUCCUGGAGUCCCAGCUAGGGUCAAGGCCGACCUGCCCGCCGCCAAGCUCCUCCUUGUAGUGAGAAAUCCUGUCACCAGGGCCCUCUCUGACUACACCCAAGGCCUCAGUAAGCACAGGUCGCGACGCUCGUUCGAGGAGCUGGUAUUCGUUAAAUGGUCGUCAGGGCUGGUCAAUUCGGAGUGGGGGCCAAUUAGUGGUGGGCUGUAUGCCAGACAUCUCACUCGUUGGCUCCAGUACUUCCCUCGUUCCAGCAUCCAUGUCGUUAGCGGAGAAAACCUCAUCAUGGAUCCUGCCGCGGAGCUCUGUAGGGUUCAGGAGUUCUUGGGCCUCCGAAGAGUGAUUACCGACAAACAUUUCUUCUUCAACGCCACCAAAGGCUUCCCGUGUCUCGUGAAGCGCGAGAAGACCGGCCGCCCCCAAUGUCUCGGCUCCUCUAAGGGUCGUUCCCACCCUCCAGUCUCUCAAACUACCUACAACAUCCUUAGGGACUUCUACAGGCCCUUCAACUUCAAGUUCUACAAGAUGGUCGGCCACAACUUUCACUGGUAGCUCAUCAAAUGCUCAACGAAAAUCAUCGUUCGCCAUCGGCAAAGGAGAAUUUGCUGUGUAUAUAUGUAUCUCUUUAUACAUAUAAGUUACAUAUGGAGGAAGUUGUUGACUAUAUGUAUUGACGAGUUAUUGGGUUAUUGACAAGUGUAUUUUGUGUUCAGUGUUGUCAACUUAUAUUGUAUGUUAAUACAAUAGGAUAGUUAAUACAAUAGGAUACAUUGAGGAUUUGGUCGAGUGAUGUCGAGUCAUUUGCAUCCAAUGAUGGUUGAUAUCUCUCGUGUGGCUGAGGUGAUGGCUGCCAGGUGUGGCCCACCAAUGAGGGCCCUGACGAGCACCAGAGGGCCCUGAUGAACACCAGAGGGCCCUUACGAGCACUAAGGGCCCCCUAACGAGCACAACAGGUGUCCAUAGAGAGCACUAAAGGGCCCCUAACGAGCAGUAUAGGGUCCGUAAAGAGCACCAGAGGGCCCUUGACGAACACCAAAGGGCUCUGACGAGCACCAGAGGGCUCUGACGAGCACCAGAGGGCCUUGACGAGCACCAGAGGGCCUUGACGAGCACCAGAGGGCCCUGACGAGAACGGGUCCAACUACCACUCACAGCAUGAGUAUGGGGUAUGAAUAAUGAGUGAACUAGACUGCAGAACUGACCUUAGCAUAACCACACCCCCCCAACACCUCCCACUUCUCCAUGGGGGGACCUCUGAUCACAGCUUUCUCUCCCACACAUACACCAGGGGAGGACCAAGGCAGCUGCCCGCCAGACUCUGAGUGCAGACGUGCCCAUCAGACAACAGGUAACACUCAGGUUACACAAGCUUCAGCAGUACAUUAUAGCCAAUCAAUCGGCUCACAAAUGAUCUCAUGUUAGAUGGCCACAACAAAUGACCUUAAGAGGUGAUUAGCUAACUUGGCUUCGUCGGGGACAGGGAGACUGUGUGUAUAUAUGUAUACGUUAGGCUCAUAUCGAGGUCUCCCUUAAGGUCCAACUACUGACCCUUCCCUGGAUGCAACCCUUCAAGAUGAUACACUCCCGGGUACCUAUUUAAGUGCUAGGUGAACAGGUGCAUGAGGUGAUAGGAAACAUAGCCCCCCCGCCCUCCCAACCAUUUCUGUCUAGCACGGUUUUCCAGAUUGUGAGCCGAGAACGAAUCCUACUGUACUACGGAGACCCUCAAGGCUAAAAUUGGGUAUUAAUUAUAACGAGGUUACGAGCACCUAGUUAGUACGAAGUGGUCUUAACGAGACGAUGUGAACAAUGACCCUUAUACCACCAGUAUGUAAAGCCGAGUCUCCUGUACCUACACGGUAUAUGUACAUACAUACAUAUAUGUACAUACAGCCCACUGUAUGGUAAAGUCCAGUGAACUGUACUUUACUGUUAAACUGUUUCACCGUAACUGUGAAAAAAUAUGUAUUUUUGUGAAGAGAUAAACAAAUAUGAUAGUAAAAUAUUAGAUGGAUAAUUAAUAUGUAGAAACUGGUAAUAACUAUGUGUAGCCACUGUGUGCUGAGGGUACAUAUACGACUUUUAUAAAACGUUCAUUUGAACAACUAAUUGUAGUUCACCGGCAAUUAGGUCUCCAUGUUGUCUGUGUUGAACUAAUGAUAGAGUGGUUAACACUACCUUACCUUGAGGUUACCUUGAGGUGCUUCCGGGGCUUAGCGUCCCCGCGGCCCGGUCGUCAACCAGGCCUCCUGGUUGCCACUAGGCCCAAAAUGUUUGACCAAUCUCUCUCUCUCUCGCUCUUGGACAGUACAAGCUAAUAUUUUUUGUUGUAAAUGAAACACAAACACAGUUAUUUAUACAAAAAUAAUAACUUUAGUCACUGUAAACAUAUUAUAUCCCCUAGAUCACCCUUAUAUAUAUUGAUUUAUUUCACUUGAUUCAGAAUUUAGUAAUAUGUUUUCUCCUAAGAUAACCAUAACAGAACUGUCGUGUUAUCGUUGUUAAAAUCCAUGUUAAGAUAACUAGAAGAAAGAGUUUUGUAACUUUAGAUUUUAGCUUAAUAUGGAGUCACAUAACCUCAAAUCUAUUUGGUGCUACGGAUGAACAAAAGAUAUACCUGCUAUAGAUUGGUUUUCAACCCUCUCUUGAAACCCUUCAACCCCACUUCGUGGCAGAUAACAAUGGAUAAUACGACCUUUAAGUGGAUUAUGCUGUAACUAAUCUAGGUAUAUAUAUACCUAGAUAAGUUUAUAUACCUAUACAUAUCUAGGUAUAAAGGUGUAUUUACAUCUUAACACCAAGGUGUAAAAUUCUUGUACACCCUUAGAAGGGUGUACAAGGGUUUUGUACACCCUUAGAAGGGAGUACAAGGGUUUUGUACACCCUUAGAAGGGUGUACAAGACCCUUUUUUGUACAAAUUAGGUUUUUUAGCCAUAAUUAGUAAUAAUUAUGGCUAAAUUAUGGCUAAAAAUUAAUUAUGGCUAAAAUUAAUUAUGGCUAAAAUUAAUUAUGGCUAAAAUUAAUUAUGGCUAAAAUUAAUUAUGGCUAAAAUUAAUUAUGGCUAAAAUUAAUUAUGGCUAAAAUUAAUUAUGGCUAAAAUUAAUUAUGGCUAAAAACCCCAAUUUGUAAUAUGUCUGCUUGAUGGCACACUUCAGAAACAGCCAUAAAACUAGAGAACUAUCGGGUCAAUAUCCUCACCAGGCCUCUUCUAGGCCUCUUCUAGGCCUCUUCUAGGUCUCUUCUAGGUCUCUUCUAGACCUAUACUGAAGUAGAUUACAAACUCUACACGUCCUAAGUUCAUGUGGUAAUGACUGUAUAACUUUCCUAUGGUAAAUGUUUGUACUUCAGUAGCUUUUUGUAGUCACACUGUAUUAUAGAACCUUCCAGCGAGUACACAUUGUAUUAUAGAACCUUCCAGCGAGUACACAUUGUAUUCAACGAACUGUUUCUUUACAGCUGUAAUGUGGCGCGAUAUUUCUGGAUUUUUAUUUAAAAUACAUCGCUGUCUAUUGUAUUUCUAUUGUAUUCUCAUGUUAUAAAAAGAAUUUUGGUGCUAUUAUUUAGUUUUUUUAAUUUGUGUCCAACAAAGGGUUAAAGUUCAUUUAUAUAUGUUUCAUUGCAUAUGAUGUAUAUUCUGUAUUGAUUAUUUUCCUGUUUAGGGCUUCUAUACCUCUCAAGAACUAUUUUAUUUAAAUUUACUUCUAAGCUGUAUCACUUAUGAACCAUC